UUGAUAAAUGUUGACAAGGAAAAGACAGAUAUACUGAUGUACUGUACUGGAGGUAUACGUUGCGAUGUAUAUUCAGCAGUUUUGAGACAACGGGGUUUCAAGAACCUGUAUACACUGAAGGGUGGAGUUUCCCAUUAUCUUAAAGAAGAAGGCACUGCUGAAUGGGUUGGAAAUCUGUUUGUGUUUGACUCUCGUCUCUCUCUCCCACCAGCUACCUACGGUAACAACGCCGUGGAUGAAGCCAGAGAAACUCCAGUAACACCUGUGGAUACAAGUUUUGCAAGAUGCUACAUUUGUGAUUCUCAAAUUCAGGAAUUAAGACAUCGGAACUGUGCUAACCUUGACUGCAAUCGACUUUUCUUAUGCUGUGCAGAAUGUAUCGUCCACUUAAAGGGAUGUUGCUGUUCAAACUGCAUUACUGCUCCCAGACUUAGACCUGUCUUGCAGGGAGUAAAGAGAUAUGAAAAAUGGCAUGUAUAUCGUGAUUCAGAAGUGCAAAAUGCGCCAUUGAUUUGAUCAGAUGAGAAACAGCAGAAGAGUGCUGAAGCAGAAGCUAAAGAAGUUAAUCAAAAGCCUGUUCAAGGAAGAACUACUAGUCAUUCUUUGAGGUUCUUCGGGUGUGAAACUUGUCAGAACUCAAUUUUCAUUUCAACAUGUACAAACAAAGCUUGCAGCAAUUCACAACUUAAUAUACCAGCUGUAAUUGCAGUACAAUGCAAACUGUAUAAUGCAACAAUAUGGUGCUUGUUACUAGCAAAAUAGAAAAAAUAAAUGUAGUGAUUAUUUUAGACAAA